CCUCCGGCCUCUCUCUGCCCGGGUCCGUUCGUGAAAUUCCGGCCGGGGCUCCCCGCGAUGGCUCUCCGGACACCUUCGGAGGGCACCCUCCCCACGGAAGCCGGAGGACGAAGACGGCGGAGGAGACUCGUCUGGACCCCGAGCCAAAGCGAGGCCCUGCGAGCCUGCUUUGAGCGGAACCCGUACCCGGGCAUCGUCACCAGAGAACGGUUGGCCCAGGCCAUCGUCGUUCCGGCGCCCAGGGUCCAGAUCUGGUUGCAGAAUGAGAGGUCACGCCAGCUGAGGCAGCACCGGCGGGAAUCCCGGCCCUGGCCGGGGAGACGCGGCCCGCAAGAAGGCAGGCGAAAGCGGACCCCCGUCACCCCAGCCCAGACCGCCCUGCUGCUCCGAGCCUUUGAGAAGGAUCGCUUUUCAGGCAUCGCCACCAGGGAAGGACUGGCUAGAGGGACGGGCCUCCCGGAGUCCAGGAUUCACAUCUGGUUUCAGAACCGAAGGGCCAGGCACCCGGGACAGGGUGGCAGGGCGCCGCCGCCCACAGGCGUCCUGUGCAACGCGGCCCCCGGCGGGUGUCACCCUGCUCCCUGGUCGGUCGCCUUCGCCCACACCGGGGCGUGGGGAACGGGGCUCCCCGCACCCCACAUGCCCUGCGCGCCCGGGGCUCUCCCACAGGGGGCUUUCGUGAGCCAGGGAGCAAGGGCCGUGCCCCUGCUCCAGCCCAGCCAGGCCGCGCCGGCAGAAGGGAUUUCCCAACCUGCCCUGUUAGGCGGGGAUUUUGCCUAUGCCACCCUGGCUCCUCCGGAAGGGGUGCUCUCCCACCCUCAGACGCCUCGGUGGCCUCCGCACCCGAGCAAAUACCGGGAGGACGGGGACCCGCAGCGCGACGGCCUGCCAGGCCCUUGCGCGGUGGGACAGCCAGGGCCCGCUCAAGCCGGGCCAAAGGGCCAAGGUGUGCUUGCGCCACCCACGUCCCAGGGCAGUCCGUGGUGGGGCUGGCCCCAGGUCGCCGGGGCGGCGUGGGAACCCGAAGAAGGGGCACCUCCAACUCCGAAGCUCGCGACCCCGGGGGCCUCGCGUCAAGCACAGAUGCAAGCCAUCCGGGCGCCCUCCCUACCGCUCCAGGAGCCGGGGCGCUCGUCUGCACUCACCUCCAGGCUGUUAGAUGAGUUCCUGUGGACCCCGGAGUUUCAGCAAAAGUCACAACCUUUCCUAGAUCCUGCGCCACUGGGGGAGCUGAAGGACGUGGAAGAGCCAGCUCCGCUGGAACCACUCCUCAGACAGGAAGAACACCGGGCUCUGCUGGAGGAGCAGGUUGGAGCGGGGUGGGGCGGGGUGGGGGCAGGGCGGCGGCCUCUCUUUCGCGGUGAACCUCUGACUCGGUAUGGAGAGACGUGUCUUCCCUUCCAGCUGACCUGUCUAGGAUCCCUGAGUUCCAGGUCCGGCGAGAGACUCCACAAAGAAGAGGGCUGUCAUUCUUUCCUGAGCAUCCCGGGGAUCCCAGGGCCCGCCCAGGUACGGGGAGGUGGGCUGUCUACUUUUCAAGUGCACCAGUCCCUGUGGCAGGAGCAGUGGCGCCGAGGGUGCCCACGGGCCGCGGCUUGGGUUUCUCUCGUGUUCAGAGUGGUAUGGCUGUAG